AUGUCCUGUGAGAAAACCAUGUGCGCUCCACAAUGCGCCGUCCCCUGCGAGACGAAAUGCCCCGAGCCCCGCGCCGCUGCCUGCAACGAGCCCUGUGUCAUCGCCUGCCCCGACUCCCGCGUCAUUAUAUUCCCACCCCCUGUGGUCGUGACCUUCCCAGGACCCAUCCUCACCACCUACCCGCAGGAAACCGUCGUGGGCUCCACGGAGUCGGCCGCGCUGGCGGGCACGCUGGAGUCGGGCGUGCCCAUCGCGUCGGGGCAGAAGGGUGUCGAGUGCCUGGAGCCCUGCAUCGACCGCUGUGUCCCGCAGGUCACCACGAAGUGUGACUCCAAGUGUGUAACUCAGUGUGCUCCAUGUGCUCCAACGUGUGCUCCAUGUGCUCCAACGUGUGCUCCAUGUGCUCCAAAGUGUGCUCCGUGUCCUCCACCAUGUGCUCCACCAUGUCCCCCACCGUGUCCUCCACCGUGCCCUCCACCAUGCCCUGCCCCCUGCGCUUCCAAGUGCGCUCCGGAGUGCUCCUACACCUACUCCACCCGCUGGAAGCACCCCUGCAAGAGAACCUUCUGUAAGAAGAUCUAA